AUGCUCGCUUUUCUCCUUAUUGUCCCAUUUAUUCUUGCUAUACCGUGCAAUGUCAUAAUAGUGGAUGAGUACGGGCUUUCGCUCAAUCUGAAUAGAUCUGUCGCGGUCGAUCAAUGUCUCGAACGCUUUGCUCCCAGAGACUAUCUUCUGACGUUGCCGCAGAGCACGGAAAAUGAGAAAGUGUUGCAGGACACUUUGGAAACUGUCGCGGAAGCAGACACCGAUCACGUUGCUAUGUUCUUCGCUAUAAUUCACUACUACGGCUUCGACACCUCUAUCGCCGCACUAAGCAGUCCCCCAAAACUCAAUGUUCUCUACUCCAAAAUGAUGAUGGCGUACGGUUGGGACGGCACGCUGGACGACAUUGCGGAGUGCGCGGAGUUCAAACCUGCACAAAAUCGCAGUUUUUCUCUAAAUGUCAUCCCCGUAUAUAACCAGGCGAUAGGCAUGAUAUCAUAA